GAAGUGAAGUAAAUUUGUGUUUUGAACUGCGCGCAUGUUUCUGUAGGUGAUUGGAGCAAAGGAACCACUUAAUGUUCCACAUAAAUAGCCUUAAUUUGAUAACUUUAAAAUAAAAUCAUUAAAUAAACUGCAUUUAUUUGCACAUCUUUAUGUUACGUGUAUUGCUUUUAGAAAAAUCCAUUGGCGGUUACAUCGUGGAACCUUCAUUAAAUAUUGAUUAGUGUGUAUCUCUUAAUCAUUGCAUCUGAAGAAGCUAAAAUAUGUCUUUUGGAACACCGUUUGGAACUCAGACUACUGCUGCUCCUACAUUUGGAUCUUCUACUGGAUUUAGUUUUGGAAGUAACACUGCUCCUGCCAGUACCACAGGCUUCUCUUUUGGUGGUAUUGGAACUACUACUACUACAUCUGAUUCAGGUUUUUCAUUUGGUGCACCAGCAUCUUCAUCUGCUCCAUUUUCUUUCACUGGUAUUGGUGCAACAACAACAACAGCUCCUUCAUUUAGUUUUGGAGGCUUUGGAGCUACAGCUACAACUACAACAUCUGGGUUUUCAUUUGGUCAGCCAUCAGGUUCUUUAGGUAUAGGUGGUGGAAUAUUUUCAUCUGGUAUGGGUAUGCAGUCAUCAUUUGGUAAUAUGGCAGGUGCAAUGGGGCAAGUUCCAGCUGUAGACAAUGUCACAAGUCUUGUGACUGCUUUAACAUGUCCUAUGCUGUAUGGUGAUGAGCGUGAUACAAUUAUUGCAAAAUGGAACCAGUUACAAGCCUCAUGGGGUACUGGGAAAGGCUAUUUUUCUCCUAAUGCUCCUCCUGUUGAAUUUACUCCAGAAAAUCCAUUUUGUGUAUUCAAAGCAGUUGGCUAUAGUUGUUUGCCAACAUCUAAACCUGAGGAAUGUUUAAUUGGCAUUAUCUUUAACAAAAAAGAUCAAGAAAUACUGUCCCAACAACAGCAGUUAACUGAUACCUUGCAUAAAUGUUUUGGAAGCAAGCCAGCAAUAUCUGUUGUUAUUGAUGGAAUCAAAGCUUUAUCAGAAGACAGAACUGAAGUUGUAUUCUAUUUGCUGGAACGUUUACCAACUGGCUUAACAAGACGCAUUCCAUCAGCUGAGGUCUGUAGUUAUAUGGAACAGCCUACGGUUAAACCUCAAAUAUCUAAUAUGGGAGUUGUGAGUGCUGCUCCCAAAAUAAUGCCAACUAAAGAACAACUUCAGCAUUAUCUUGAUAAUCCUCCUGCUGGCAUUGAACCAAUAGUAUGGAAACAAUCCAAACUUGAUAAUCCAGAUCCAGAAAAACUGAUUCCUGUGCCAUUAAUUGGAUUUCAAGAGCUUUCUCGACGAAUGAAAUGCCAAGAAUAUGAAACAAAGCAGCACCAAAAAAGACUGGAUAUUAUUUCUGAUGACAUUGCAGAAUUGAAUCGUAAUCACACAACAACAGUUGCCAAGAUUGCUGAGCACAAGAGAAAACUUUUAGAGUUACAGCAUAGAGUUCUUAAAGUUUUAGUUCACCAAGAAGUUAUAAGGAAAAUGGGUUAUGCUAUUCAAGCAGAUGAGGAACAAUUACGAAUUAAAUUAGAAGCUAUUCAAGCAGAACUUAGUGCACCUACUCAGUUUAAGGGUCAUUUAAAAGAACUCACAUCACAGAUUCGGAUGCAGAAUUAUCAAACAUCAACAUUUGAGGGAGAGCGAUAUAGUAUGGAUGAAGUUUCUAGAGAAGAAAUAAAAGAACAAUUGCUGGCACAACAAGAAGGUAUAGCACUUCUAAUUAAUAUUAUAAAGGAAGAUACUGCUGAUCUGAAAACAAUUGAAGAAAUCAUGAAAGAAGAAACAAGUAGAAGGCGAUGAGUUUAUUUAAAAAUAAAUAAAAGAAGAAAAAUCUUAACCAAUAGCUAUAAAAUAGAGAUUCUCAUUUGUAUAUGUUUCCUAGCUGAGAUUUCAUGAAGACUAGUGCCUUUAAAUCCAUAUUAUUCCUACUAUGGUGGUGAAAAUUAAUUACACCUAUGUCUGUGAAAUAACACACGUUGUAAAUAAAUUGUUUACUUUGUUUUGUAAAAGAAUGAAAGAUACAGAAUGAAAUUUAAUGUAGAUAAUUAAAUAUAUUCAGAUGCAUUAUGUUGCAUCCUGGUCAACUUUUUUACAACUGUUCCUUUCAUUGAAGCGAUUUUGAAAAUGUUAGUAAUCCAAUGGCAAAUUUACACAUUUGAUUGCACUGCUGGGAAUCUUUUAUCUGUUACUUGAUAAAUUAUUGAACACAUUUGUGCUUUGUUGGUUUUAAAAAUGUGAUACUGAUAUGGAAUAAUAUGGAACUUAUCAUGAAAUGUAAAUUAUUGAAAAAUAACAAAAUACUGAAGAAUAAAUAUAUAUGACUGAA